AUGUCGGGUGGCUUAGAAGCCGCCGCCGCCGAAAGCGGCGGCAACGCCACGUCAGACGGCUCCGCGAAGAACACGGCCGCGAAUGGCGCAGCAGCAGUCGUGACAGACGCGAUAGCCGGCGCGAAAGACGCUGGCGGCGAGGCGCUCAAGUGGCGCAUCGACGUGGAGGAUUACGAGUCGGAGGACGGCAGCAGCGUCGUCGGUAGCGUGCUCGAGAGCCUGCCAGCCAGCAUCCCGGAAUACCCGGCGGGAGGUGCGCGGGAGGGGGAGGAGGACGAUGACGACAAGAACGACGACGAGAUCUCGUUUAUUGGCGGCAUGCGCCCUCCCGUCGUUGGCUCCGCGGGUCUUCCGCCGCAGAAUCCUGUCCUGAUGGAGCGGUCCGCCAAGCCCGCGCCGCCCGCGCCGCCCGCGCCCGCAACAACAGCCGCGCGGGAGCCGCUGGGAAUGGCGCGCGCGCAGUCCAUGGCCCCGCCCGCCGCGGCCAGCAUGGUUUCCGCGGAAGACUUGAGCACUGCUCAGGCGGAAGUUGGACGGCUGUUCGCGGCGCUGAAAGAGGCGCGCGGAAGGCGCGCUGAUGCGCCAGCGGAGCAGGAGAUCAAGGCGGCGGAGGUCGCGCGUCUGCAAGCGGCGCUGAAGGACGCGCGCGCAAAGGUUGCGCAGAUAGACGCUGUGCGCCCGAAGCAACCCGCGGGCAGUCAGGGUAGAGCGCCAGCGGCGGCGGUGGCGGGGGCGGGAGUGGCGGGCGCUGGGGGAAUGGGGAUGGCGCGAAGCAUGUCGGAGAUGCCGCCGCGCGCCAGCCUGAUGACGUCACCCGCACAUCCCGCAGCGGGGGGGGCUGGCGGAGCGCCAGCUACCACUUCCCCCGUGCAUCCUUCCGCCACCCCCUUGCGCCCCGCCACCGCCGGCUCACGCGGAGUGGCGCUUUCCGCGAGUCAGCCGGGGGAGAUCCGCCGGACGGUGUCGUUUGCGCCUGCGCCCACCGCGCCAAGCGCCGGUGGCGGAAGCCCCCCCGUUGCGCUGCAGCAAGCCGCGUCGCUCCAGUCCCGCCCGAGCCCCGCCCCCGCCGCACCCGCGCGGCCUGCUUACGUGCCGCCUCCGUCUUCCGCCAUGAUUGCUCCUCCCGCCGCCGCGCCCAGCGCCUCCGCCGGCGCUCGCAGCGUUGGGUACGAUAAGGAGGAGGAUAAGGAAGACUCGCUGUCGGGCAUUGGAUGGGCGACGCAGACACGUGGCAGCCUCGUGUCGUCCGACGACAUCCCGUCGCACGCGUCGCACGCGGCGUCUCAGGCGACCCCUCCCCCUGGCGGAAUUGGUUCCCCCUGGCGCACGCAAAGCUCCCCCUACCGUUUCUACAAGGGCCCCGGGGAAGGCGCAGGCGCAGUCCCUGGCGCAAGCGGCGGGUACGGCGGAAGCUCCGCCGGGUAUGGCGGGGCCGCGCCGCGCAGAUCGGCUUACGCGGAGUCGGAUAUGGGCGACGCGGUUUCAAUCGCGUCCAGCCAGAUCGCUUGGCGCUCCCAGUCCUCGGAUCCGCGCCGGCAACACCCGAGCCUGAGCCGCAGGCUCGGGAACCUCCCGGGGCUGGCGGCGGAAGGCGCAAUGGUGCCGGACGUGGCGGCGACGAUCGCGGCGGGCAACGCGGCGGGAGGCGCGGCGGAUAACAGCGACGCGCAGUCCGUGGCGGCUUCGGAAGUUUCGAUCCAGCCCGGGCCGAACAACGCGCUGAUGCUCGUUCCAACGGUCAAGCCCACCCCGCAGCCGCAAUCGGCGCCGCCGAAGCCGGCGGGGAACGCGGAGGGGUCGAUCGACCUGCAGGUGUUCAGCAAGCUGCUGGCGGAGACGCGCACGGAGAGCGACGCGAUCGCGAAGCUGAAGCAGCAGAACAAGCUGCUGCAGAGCUGGUACGCGGAGGCCAAGGCGUGGGCGGACGAGAAGAGCCUGCGCGCGUGGGAGGCGACGUCGAUGGCGGACGACGCGGAGGACGUGGCGGCGGUGAAGCACCGCAUGCUGAAAGAGCUCGACGGGAAGCUCGGCGCGCUCAAGGAACGGCUGGCUGGAAUGACGAUGCUCGAGCAGGAGAACCGCGUGUUGCGGCAGCGCAUCCAGGCCAUGGCGUCCGUGAAAGGCCCCAACCAGCUGCUCGAGCAGCUCAAAAACGCGCCGCGCAUCGACGUGAACGCCCUGCGGUCCAGGGGCCAGGACAUGGACGCGUUAGCGCGGUGGAUCAACGAGAUGAAGGAGGAGGGCGGGCAGGUGGAGCGACUCAAGAAGCUCAACAAGCUGCUGCAGGGAUGGUACGCGGAUGCCAACUCGCGCGCGGAGGAUGCGCUGCAGCGGGAGAAAGAGGAGUUCAUCCGCGCCAAGGCGGCGGAAGAGCUCGCUGCCGCGGGCGACCUGCUGAUUCUCGAAAUGGAGGCGAAGUUCAGCGAAAUGCGUAUGAAACUGGCCGCCCGUCAGAUGCUGGAGCAGGAGAACAGGGAGCUGCACCAGAAGAUCGUGGCGCUGUCUGCAGGCAAGGCGGGCAGCAUGUCGGUGCACAAGCAGGAGGAGAUGCUGAUGGAGUGCGUCCGACAGAAUCUAGGGUUCAGCCGCGGGCGGCCGGUGAUGGCGUGCAUGGUGUACAAGGCGAUGGUGCAUUGGAGCAUGAUCGAGGUUGAGCGGAUGAACACGUUCGACAAGCUCAUGGAGCACAUGCAGGCCGUGUGCAAGGCGGACAACAACGAUUUGAGAUGCUACUGGCUCUCAAACACCGUGCAUCUGCACUUCCUGAACACCCGCGGACCGAGCCGCAUGGACAAUACGGUGGCCAAGUCGCAGCUGGGCGUGCAGAUCGAGAAGCUGUAUGUGGUGACUCGUGACGCCAUGAAGCACCGCAUCUCACUGUUGCUCAACGACCUGCUGCAGCCCCCGCCUGUGAAUGUGGAGGAGCCAGGCUACGACUUCCCCGACUCUGGGUCUGCGAUCAGCGGCGCGUCUACCGUGUCGGUGCACAAGCUGGUGCCGACUCCAGGGAACGUGCGGCGGCAGAUGACCAUGUUCUGGGAGGGGCUGAUGGGGGCUUUAAGGUGCUUCGUGGACGAGUGCCGCGGGAACUACGUGCCGCCGCUGCUGGUCAGGGAGUUCAUGUCGCAGCUGCUGCAAUACGUGGACGUCAAGCUGUUCAACAGCGUGAUGAUGCACUGCCCGUGGGUGCCGUGCACAUUCACGAACGGCGAAACGAUGGAGGCGGGGAUGAGCGAUUUGGAGGAUUGGCUGGGGAAUGUGGACGAAUGGCUGGACGCCACGCUGGUGGACACCAUCAGCCUCACGUCGUCGCUCAUUGAGAACAUCAAGCACAUUCGGCAAACUGUUGGGUUCCUGCUGGACGAGAACAAGCCAGGCCGCAAGCUGCAGCACAUUCAGCGCAUGUGCCCGGACCUGAGCGUGACCCAGCUGGCGCACAUCUGCACGUGGUUCGAGGACGAUAAGGACGGGUCGCCGGGGGUGGAUCCAGCGGUGAUUGAGCAGAUGUGGGCAUUGAUGACGGAAGAUGCUCCCUUCCUGCUCAAGGAGGACAAGAGCUGCCCAUUCCAAACGGAUGAGGUGUCGCGCUCCAUGAAGGAGUUUGUGCUGGACGACAUCGAUCCGCCCGCUGCUCUCCGCAACGAGCCGGCCUUCUACUUCCUCAUCCCUGCGCAGCAGCGCCAGCAGGAGCAGCUGCAGGCGGCUGGGCUUGUUGCUGCUGGUGGCGGUUCCGUUGCUGGUGGCGGUUCCACUUAUGGUGGUGGCAGUGUCUCUGGGGAUCCCCGUAGGAGACUUGCUAUGUAG